GAGCGAAGACGAGAAGAGCCCUGGUGAGCGGAGCACCAUAACAGCUCCCAAUUCCAUCUAAUCUGACCCUCAAAAGUCCAAUCCUCCAUUCCCCCUCACAGAAAAUUGAAAUCCUCCCGCCAAAAAGCCAGAAUGACGAAGUCUAGAGACCUCCAGACUCCGCUCAAGGAACUCUCGCGAGCUUCCGAAACUGCGAAUCGGCGAUCGAAGGAAUCUCAAUCCAAGAAGCCUCGAAAUGUUGAGAUCCUACCUCCAGAAAUAGUCAUUUCCGUCGCGGUUGUUCAGCCGCGCAAUCGGAUUUUUCACUCCUCUUUCUUCCUCGUUUCGCAGAUUGCUAAACGGAGCUUGACCGGUGAGUUCACCACCAUCUCUGAAGACGCGUCGAUCGAAACCGCUGGCGAUGGCAGCGGUACGUCGGAGGUACUGGACGCGGAGCACAACGACGAGCUGGUUAAGAACUCUUUGAUUCUGAGUCCAACUCUGUCCGGUACAUCAAAGAUAACUCCUCCAUCCUCUGACGCCCCUCCAACUUCGAAGGCGACCAAAGUUUCUCCUAAUGGAGUUGACAAACUAGUUCAUUUAGCUAAUCGGCCCGCAGAAGCAGCAAUCAUUAUCGGCCUUCUACGAAAGGUCCAGCUGGAAGCUCCUAAAUCCGGUGAUGCGAAUAACCGGUACAUGAAGAUUCUGAAGGAGUUGGCUAAGGUCAUUGCAGAUGAGUGUUAUGAUCUUCCUGAAGAGAGAGUCUGGCUGAUGAAGUUUCUUUCAGGGAAACGAGGAGUCUUGUUUCUGUGCUUGUUGAAUUGGAUCUCCGUAUUUUGCAUGCUGGUUUACUUCAAUGGUGGACGUGGUGGUGGCUCUGACUCUGGAAUUUCCCCAACUUGA